GUACUUUGCCUUAAGCCUGUGUGGGCUGCCUUUCAUUUUACCUAAAGCUCCAGUUUGUGAAGAUUUUCAUGUGCUAGAAAAACAAGAAGCAUCUCCUGCUUCUUCCAAUGGGCGAGCUGGGCGCUUGAGCUUUAAGCAGAGAGUUGUGCCCCUUGCCGGGGGCUGGAGCGCGCCCGGCUUUACAACUAACAGUGGAAAUCUUUUGGUAAUUCAGGACGUUAUCUUUCUGCCUUUGAAUAUUGAAUUUUGAGCUGCAGAGAAGUGCACUUUCUGAGGAGAGAGGAACCGGUGGGCGUGGAGCACAUGCUGGGAACUUCCCGGCGCCUCGCAUAUGAACCGCUCUGCUCACCUGCAGCCUGGAGUCUCUUCCUCCAAGAUUUUGCCACUCGCAGGUUUUUAGCGGGACUCCCGGGCGCCGUUAUGGGUGCGCAGAUGUUAGUUGUGAGGUUUUCCUCAUGGUUUUGUGCUGUUCUGCUCUGGCUGCUGGCCGUCGCUCUCGCCCAGUGCCUGGGGCUGAGGUGUAAAGAGCACGAAUAUCCCUUUGGCGACAAAUGCUGCAAAGACUGUGCUCCGGGUGAAUGGAUGACAAAACGUUGCACAGCAACAACAGAAACAGCCUGUGCUCCCUGCAAAGAUGAGUUCUUUAGUACUGAGCACAACCACAACUUCUGCAGGAGYUGUACAGUCUGCAACGGUUAGUAAGGCAGCAGGGAGGUGAAGCGCUGUGAGAAGACCUCGGACAGGAUCUGCACGUGCCUGGCGGGGUACGCGCCGCUCAACAGGCAGGCGCGGCGAUUUGAAUGCUCACCCUGUCGUGAGGGGUUUUAUUCCACAGGGGGCAAUGAAAGCUGUCGUCCUUGGACCAACUGUAGCGUCCUUGGAAAAGAGACCCUUCGAGCAGGGACGAAAGCAGAGGACGCAGUUUGCAGCAGCGCGGGGACCGCGCCAGCCGCCUCGCCGAGCGUGACCUCCGCUCUGCUCCUCUCCACCACCCAGCGCAGCACGAAGGUGCUACCUGCGACGCUCUCCCCGUCCAGACCCAGCGUGGUCCCCUUUGUCGUCUGCCCGGAUAAGAACACAGAGACUAACUGGGGUUCUUUAUCACUUAUCCUUAUUUGCCUGGUACUGCUUGUGGUGUCCGGAAUGUCCAUCCUCUUGUUGAUUAUCCAAUCGGCCAAAAGAGACACCAAGAAGAGGCCUUGUAGGAACACCCAGCAGGAAGGACCAAGCUUUUCCCUUCCUAUCCAGGAAGAACAAAUCGACUCCAACUCCAGCCUCAUCAAAAACUGACUCCACGUCGCAUUAG